UUCCUGGGAGGGGGGAGUUAUUUGACGUGGCAGGAGGACGUGACAAUAGCUGCACAUCUCUCCUCUCAGCGGGGUUCAGGUUGCUCACCUUCGGUCCUCUGCAGGUGCUGGUCCCGGUGCUCGGUGGUCAGAACCGGAACUAUGUGGCUGGUGGUGCUGGCCGGGCUGCUCCACUGCGCCUCGGCCCAUGAUGUGGACCUGAAGAAACUGGAAGGGCUGGCGAAAGCGAGGGUGGAGUCGUGUGGUGGAUGACAGCUGAACAGGCUCAGAGAGGUCAAAGCCUUCGUGGUCCAGGACAUUCCUCUUUACCAUAAUCUGGUGAUGAAGCACAUUCCUGGGGCCGACCCUGAGCUCGUCCUCCUGAACCACUACUUUGAAGAGCUGGAUCGGAUCGCCCUGUCUGACAUGAGCCGCUCAGAGAUCAACCAGCUGCUGGAGGAGCUGGGUUUCUACAAGAAAACUGCAGCUGAGGACGAGGUGCCAGAGGAGUUCCGCUUCUCCCCCGCCAAGGACAGCCCGUUUAAAGAUGAGCCGCCGUACGAAUCCUCCCCCUCCUCCUCCCCCUC